AUGAAACCAUCUAAACUGCAAGAUCAUCUGAGAAGAUGCCACCGUGAUAAAACAGAGAAAGAUUUGAAAUACUUUCAAACACUCAAAGAUAAAUUUCAGAAGAGACCUACACUGGACAGAAUGUUCGCUUCUACGUCACAAAGAAAUGAUGACGGAUUGCGGGCGUCUUACAAUAUCUCGUUACUUAUAGCAAAAUCCGGAAAACCGCAUACUAUCGGAGAGAAGUUAAUCUUGCCAGCCGUUGAAGAGGUUUUAAAAACUGUUUUAUACAAACCUGCAACUGAUAUCAUUAAAAGAAUUCCCUUAAGCAACAAUACCGUUGAAAGACGUAUUGAUGAAAUGAGUUCUGAUAUUGAAAGCUUCUUAUGUAAUUAUUUGCAAACGACCCAUUUCUCUAUACAACUGGACGAGUCAACUUUACCUGAUAAUGCAGCAUUAUUAUUGGCAUACGUUCGUUUUAUUAUGAAUCAAGAAAUCUACGAAGAACUGCUCUUCACAAGAACUUUGAUAACCACUAAAGAAUUUCUGGAUACUAAAGAUAAAAUUUUAAAAGAAAAUUUAGUGAAGAGGAAAACAGACAUCGGCUAUUCAACAGAUUUGUUUACAAAAUUUAAUAUGGUUAAUUUGAAAUUACAAAGCGACAGUUUAAAUUUGAUUAAAACAAAGUCCAUCUCAUCAGCGUUUCUUGCCAGAGUUAAACUAAUGAAGCAAAAUAUUAGACGGGGCGAAUUUUCUCAGUUCCUCAAUUUGUCACAGACAAGCUGCCAGGAAGACGACGUUUCAACUUAUGUUCAACAUUAUUUAGAUUUUGAAUCUAGGUUUGAGGAUAUUUUGACUAUAGUAAUACCACCGUGGAUAGUUAAUCCAUAUGGUGACAUAGAAGAAACGAAUGUCAUAAUACAAGAGGAACUGACUGAACUAAGUACAAACGAAGAACUUAAGGUUCAGUUUAAAAACGGAUAUCAGCAAUUCUGGCUGCAAAACAACAUACCCGUUACUUAUCCCGUAUUAUGGAAUAUAGCGAGGAAAUUUUUAAUUUACUUUCUAUCGUCAUACCUAGUGGAAAGGGGGUUCAGCGCUGUUACCAAUCUCCUAACGAAAAACAGAAACAGACUGGACAUCAUUAGCCGAGGAGAUCUAAGAUUAACCCUUACAAAAUUGACGCCAAAUGUUGAUAAUUUAUUAUUAAAGCAUCAGGUUCAUCCUUCUCACUAA